GGGAAUAAGAACAAAAAUGUUUUUAAAUUUAGCUGGACAUCUAUGUAUCUAUGUAACUGAUAUCGAGGCUAAAACCUGACAAAAGCAACAGCAGUGACAGAAAUAGCUAUAUGUUUAACAUACUUCCUCAUGUAAAGUAGAGAUAGAAAGAGUGGGAUCUGUUCUACUUCAUGUAAUAUUUCAAUGCCUACAUUUCUGGGGAAAAUAUUUGGAUUCUGACCUCAAUCUUAUUGUCACUUCAGUUAACAGUGUGACAAGUUGCUAACAUGUUCGCUGGCGUUUUAGUAACGUUCAUAGUUCUCGGGUGUUUUCUAAAUCUUCUACGAAAGUAUAUGAAAUUACUGUCGGAUUGCAGACAUCUACCAUGCAUGAAGAGUUGGCAUAUAAUCGGUGAUACACCAAAAAUGGUCGGAAAUAACAGAGACUUUUAUAAGUGUAUCAUGAAAUCCGUUGAAGAACAUCGGGAACAUGGUCUGUUGUGCCUCUGGUUCGGUUUCCAGCCAGUCGUUCUAGUCUUCAAAGAUAAAUACGUGCAUGAUGUAAUCGGCAAUACGAAACAUAUAGAAAAAAGUUUCUUCUAUAAAUUGUUAGCACCCUGGCUAGGAAAUGGUCUGCUCACAAGUACAGGAUCAAAAUGGUUCAAAUCGAGGAAGAUGUUGACGCCAUCCUUCCAUUAUAAUAUCUUAAACAAUUUCCUAAUUGUUAUGCAGAACCAAUCAAAUAUACUAUGUGAGAAACUGGACAAAAUGGUCGGUAAGGGAGAAUUCAAUAUUCGCCCGCAUAUUACAAAUUUUGCAUUGGAUACUAUAACAGAAACUGCCAUGGGUAAAUGUGUGAACGCACAAGUUAACGAACAUUCAGAAUAUAUUGAAAGUGUUAACAGGAUAACUGAUAUAAUUACUUACCAGUCAAAAUCACCUUGGUUGUGGCCAGAUUUUCUCUUCAAUUUGCAUCCUUACGGGAAAGAAGCAGCUAAAUGUUUGAAAUACCUUCAUGAUUUCACCGAUAAGAUGAUUGAAGAACGCAGUGCACUCUAUCUAAAAAACUCGAAGAAAAAAUCUGAUAAUGAAGAUGGGGACACACAGAGAAAGAAAACAAUGGCUUUUUUAGAUACACUGCUUGAUUAUUUUCACAAAGGGGAAAUAGACAAGAAAUCAUUGAGGGAAGAAGUUGACACAUUUAUGUUCGAGGGGCAUGAUACAACGGCAGCAGGAAUUACAUGGACUUUAUAUUUCAUAGCCGCUUAUCCAGAUGUACAAAAGAAGUUGCAAAAAGAAGUCGAUGAUUUUUAUGAGGAAAAUGAUGAACUCACACUGCAAAAUCUUAAGAAACUGGUCUAUUUGGAAUGCGUUAUCAAGGAGGUCCAACGUCUUUAUCCAUCUGUACCAUCAAUUGGACGUCUGGCUGCUGAGGAUUUCAAAAUUGGUCAUCAUGAAGUAAAGAAGGGUACUCCUGUCUCCAUAAUGAUUUCUUCUCUACAUAGAGAUCCGCAAAACUUUCCAGACCCAGACAUAUUCGAUCCUGAUAGAUUUCUUCUAGAAGAUCCCGACAUGUCAUCGCAUGCCUUUAUACCAUUCUCAGCAGGGCCUCGUAACUGCAUAGGUCAGAGAUUCGCCAUCUUAGAGGAGAAAGUCGCAAUAUCACGAAUCAUCCAAAGAUUUAAUCUUGAAACGACACAGACAAUAGGAGAGCUGGAGCCAACUUUGGACUUAGUACUCAAACCUUCCAAUGGCAUUCGUAUCAAACUUAGCCAUCGAUAACUGCUGUAAUCAUAGCAAUCCAGAUGUAAUACUAAAACGUCUUCAGGUGUUAUUUUCAUCAAGAAAUAUUUUCUCCAAUCUAAUAUGAUUUAGAAUCGUUAAUCCGUCGGAAAAUGUUUUCUAUUAUUUGUUCCAGAUCUUUACAUUCUGAGCUCAAAUCCCGUGGAGAUCGACGUUACUUUUCAUCAUACGUAUGGCGAUAAAAUAAACUGCCAGUCAAUUACUGAAAUCAAUAAUAUAUAAAUUAUGCACUUCCCUUCAAAAUUUAUGGCAAUAUUAUUUAUAAACUAUUCAAAAAUGAAUAACCAAAAUUUAGAAGGUUAUCAUGCCCAUUAGCGUGACAUUUAUGUGUGAUCUGUAACUUCCAGUAUUCAAUAAGAUAUCCAGUAAGGUAUUUAAUACCAUAUAUACAUACACUAUACAUUUAUAUCUCCAUCUAUCUAUCUAUCUAUCUAUCUAUCUAUCUAUCUAUCUAUCUAUCUAUCUCUCUCUCUCUCUCUCUCUCUCU